GCAGUCAGGUGACUGUGGCGCCAGUUUGACAGCCCUCUUGGACGUGACUCAGCUCAUGAAUGCAGCUUUAUUACACCGUCGUUAAUCCACUCCGGGAACAUUUUCCGUGUUUUGUCUUGUCCUCUGUAAGUAUGUAAUGGAGGGAGUGUGUCUGUCUGUGGGCGGUUACAAACGGUGCGUGAUUCACAAACCUUAUUUGUUCCUACUACUUUGAGCGCCAUCUUGUUUGUAACUCGUCUACGUAAGUGGUAGAGUUUCUACCGAGGGGGUAUCCAGUUACCCUUUUUCCAGCUUUAGACUGGGAACCUCUCCCCUGUAGUACUCGGGCGCAUAUCGCAUUUGCUUUAUCGCCUUUCUCUUGUUAAAAGAAAAUAAACUUUAGUCUCUCUAAGUGGACAGACAUGAGCAUCGAAACGCUUUUGGAAGCGGCCAAGUUUUUGGAAUUGCAAGCCCUGCAACAACAGAAAGCACGUGAGGAUGAACUAAAGGAGAAGCAGCGUCUGAAGCAGUUGGCAGAGCAGAGGCAAUCUGAUGUGAACUAUAACUCCGCAACCCACAUCAACCAUGUUCCUAAAGCAGAGGAGCUGCGACCUGAGUGCCGCCCAGCACCCAUACCACCCUCUCUGCCUCCCCCCUCCAUGCCCAUCGCGGUCAUCCCCAUCCCUGUGGUCACACCCAACCCUACAGGCUCACCCACCCUGCCCGUUGCCACGCUCUCCCCUCCAGCUGCUCCACCACCUGCCGCCACUCUGCCGCGCUCCCCACAACCCAAACCCGACCAACCAACAUCUAUCCUGACCCCCAACCACAAGCAGCUGAUACAGAACCACAAUCAUCACCCACAGCUCGUAACCCAAACUAACAACACUAAACUACCGCAGCAGACACACCAGCAGCUGGUUCAUCGGUAUCCUGGUUCCAUCGUGUCGCCCCCACAACAACAUGCCUUACUCCCUCAGUCAGGCCCUGUGCUCCAGCAGGCUCCUCUACAGAACGGCCCUGUCAGCCGGGGGAGUCCUCCUGAUGACGGCCGCCAGCUAGACAAGAAGAGGCCUGGAGGGGCAGGCACAAGAGAAGUGCAUAACAAGCUUGAGAAAAACAGACGAGCACACUUGAAGGAGUGCUUUGAGACGCUGAAAAAGAACAUCCCCAACAUAGAUGAGAAGAAGACCUCCAAUCUGAGUGUGCUGAGAAGUGCGCUGAGAUACAUCCAGACGUUGAAGCGGAAAGAGAAGGAGUACGAGCAUGACAUGGAGCGACUGGCCAGAGAGAAGAUCGCCACGCAGCAGCGAUUAGCGGAGCUGAAGAACGAUCUGAGCCAGUGGAUGGAUGUGAUUGAGAUCGACCGCGUCCUUCGACAGACAGUGCAGCCAGAGGAGGACCAGGCCUCCACCUCCACUGCCUCAGAAGGUGAAGACAUUAUGGACGACGACCUGGAAGAUGAGACUGAGCAGAGAGCACAGCCUGCCUUACCCUCCGUGCCUCAAACCAUGAAACCUGAGCUGCACAAGACUGCAACACCCACUCAGACCCCGAACCCGACCCUGACACCCACCACACCCACCACUACCUCUUUUAUUACCCAACACAUCUCCAUCCAGCACAAAGUCCCUCUGCACCAGCCUCAGCUCCAGCCCCUGGCAGCAACUCCUCCGCAGCCAGUGUCCAAGCCCGCAGCCCCACCUACACUCACGACCUCCAGCACUCCCACCACCCCCAGUCAGCCUUUGAUCCCCACCCAGACACAGAUGGUGACCGCGUCCAGCCUACACCCCACAGUCAUCGCUCACGCUUCAGUGUCCCAUCCCUCAGUCAUCCAAGCAGUCAAUCACGUCAUCCAAGGCGGGGGGCCCAAACAUAUUGCCCACCUAGCUCCCUCCACCACCACCAGCACUGUCCAGUUAGCCCCCGGCCACCAACCCAUCGGCCACAUCACCGUGCACCCUGUGGCUCACCUGAGCCAGCAUCUACCUGCCCUUUACCCCCAACCGGUGGCCGUCACACAGUCGGCUGUGGUCGGCCAUAUCACCCACACCCUGAACCACACCCACCCUCACAUGAACGGCACCGCGACGAGCCAACCAGCUGCCACCAUCGUUGGCAAGCAGACAGCAGUGAGCACACAAAUGGUGACCCACCACCCGCAGCUGGUGGGUCAGACGGUGCUCAACCCUGUGGCAAUGGUGACCAUGCCCUCCUUCCCCAUCAGCACUCUGAAGCUGGCCUGAACACUGCCGACAGGACCACCGAACCGGGAGACAGAGACGCCCCUCGAUAGGGGAGAACCACAGGCCUCAGAUCAGGCCACUGACAAGUCCACAGUGAGGGUGAGCAGGUGGACACCUGGCUGAUCCACAGAGAGUCACUAUCAUUCAGAGGCAUUACAGCUGAUAUCAAGACGGGAACAUUCCUACAAAAAGAACUCUUAUUACCAGUCAAGCAGUGUCCUGAAAUUUCGAUCCUGAAUUUAGGAUAUGGUCAAUAGUCAUCAUGUUGUGUAUGUGUGACAGUAUACGCUGGGCAGCCCCUUACUUGUCAUCCAUUGUUACAGAUAGAGGAGCAGUAGUCAUUUUCAUAUGAGCUUUACACAAACAGCUUCAUCUUGGGAAAUGCCAGCACAGUGUCCGUGUCAGCCCCCUGUUACAGUGUUGAUGUCGUUACUAGGUGGUGGCCAGACUCUCCGUUAUCACUGUGACUGCUGUGGAUUAAGCAGUAGUCGAUCAUGUACUUGAGAGGCUACAUUGGGUUUUGACUGCUGUGACAGUGUAGGAUCAGAGUGCUCAACCCGCCAUAACCAGCACAUUGGGAAUGUGAUUUAGAGGAGCUCCUCCUCUCCAGCAGAGGCACAUGCUGCAGGGCUGGAGCAAAAUCAUGGGCUGAAUUAAAGCUCCAGAUCAGGAGCUGCAGUCCUCAGUGAUGGUACAUACAGCAAUUGCUCCCCCUGCUGGCAGAUUGUGUUCAAUGUAGUACUACUCCCUGUUAAAGUAGUAUGAUGCUGAGGAUAUCAUUCAAACAAUGGCCACUUAAAUGUCCAGUGUGUAGGAUUUAGGGGGAUGCAUUGGCAGAUAUGGAGAAUAAUAUAAUAAGUAUGUUUGCUUAAGUACGUAAUCACCUAAAAAUAAUAAUAGUUGUGUUUCCUUUACCUUAGAAUAGGCUAUUUAUAUCUACAUUGGGAGCAGGUCCUUAUCCACAGAGAUGGACAUGUUGCACUGCCAUGUUUCUACAGUAACCCAGAACACACAAACCAAACACUGGCUCUAGAUAGAGCCAUUCACUUAGUUUAGUAGUUAGCAGCCCCUUCACGACAAGAGCAGCGGAAAAACACAGAUUUUUUAAUGUGAAACUGCUUUAUUCAAAACGUGUCCAUUUGUUUUGGAGAGGAAGAGACCUUUAUGGAUAAUUCAGCUCCCGGUUAAAACCUCCUGAAUGUCUAGGUUUUAAGUUAUCAGAGAAAAUAGGUGAGCAGCAGUCCGUCUCCGACAUGCCAAUCAGUGUAUGAGAAACACUGAUUUGUGACGUAUCAUGUGGUCUGGUGUGAGAAAGAGACCUCUGUGGAUAAUUCAGCUCCUGCUAAAAACCUCCUGAACAAUGAAUAUUGAAGGAAUUCUAACCAGGAGAAGUAUAAGAUGGUAGCUAUCUGCAGUCCUCACAGCUAGAUGCCACUACAUCCCUCUAACUCUUACACACUGUUCCCUUACAGUAAAAGAAUAUGCAGUUGUCAGGGUUUGACUUUCAGUGUUGGACUCAAAUUGUUACUUAUCUCUAGUAUUUGUCUUUCAGACAUACUAGCAACUGUUCACUGAGCACAAGUCUUAGUUUUAGGAUACAGUCACAUGUAUUUUAAAAUAUCCUCGCCAAAUGGAAUCAGUUUUACAUGGCCCCUAAAUGUACCACAAACAAUGGUGUGUUUAAACACUUAACGUUUAGUUACAAACUCAGUGCUACAAGAAGAGGGAGCUGAGCGUUCAGAGGUUUUGAAUGUGAAUACAUAAAGGUCCGUAAAGUGUAGUAAAGUGUGUCUAUGCUGUCUUGCAGGGCAAAUGGUAGUAGGAUGUGUGUUUGCAUGCUGUGAAUGCAUGACAUGACUGUGUUAAUUAGUGAUAAUCUUGAAAGCGAGGAGUGUUGUCUUUUAUGCUUUGCAGACCUCGAACAGCUACAGGAGGAAUGUCACAUUUAUUGGUUCAGAGUUGAAGCCUUGUCAUCCAUGACUUUGGGUUGGGAUCGGUGUAAAGUGAUUUCAACAGCUGGCAUAAACCCAAUCAUUUUUUUAAGACUAUCCUGACUAUCAUUUUCCAAAGCUAGCACUGUGAAAAUUUCUAUUAGUCUCAAUGAGCAGCAGUUUAGCGUAGCACUUGCUAAAACAGCAACAUGCUGUGCUCUCCUUAUUUAAUCUGAAUGUACUGAUUUGUGAAAGGACAUUGAGUAGUGCACUCAUCUGAAUUUAAGCCCUUUUCUUUCUUUCAAGAAAAAUGCGAUUUACUUUAUGAAAGUAUCACGUGUAUGUAAAGUGUAACAUGUACAACUGAUUUUGUAUUUUAAGAUUUACCGUUGCUUGUUUCAUCUGGAGAAUAACCUCUGUUCAGUGUAAAUUUGGUGAUAUAGUUGAUUUUUUUUUUCUGGGACCAUGUACAGUGCUGUAUAUCAGGGCGUGACGACUGCACAGACCUCUUCUCACGUUGAUAUCCCAUUUGGUCUCUCUGUAAAGUAUUCACCCAGCAACUGUCAAUUUUGUUCUGAUGCAAUAUGAUUAAAGCAGGGAAUCUUAGUUUGUUUUUAACUAAUUAAUUGCGAAGAUAAAAGUAAUGCUUUCACCCUCAUAUUUUAUGCAAAUGGUCCCGAACAAAUGCAUUUUGAGAUCAUAUUGUAGCAAAACAAAAUGUGUAAAAAUGAACAGGGAUUCAGAUACUUGAAGAAGCAACAAUAUACUUGUGUGUUUUCCCUAUGGAGAAAGUUUAAGUUGUAUAUAGCCUGUAAAUGUUGGGCUGCAUUUAGAUCUAACUGUAUAAUGUAAAAAGCUGGGGAAAUAUGUAAAAUGAAAAGUUUAUAAAAAAAAAAAAAAGAUAGUUAAUAAAUUGUAUUAUGUUUACAAAUGUCUGACGCUGCUUUUUUGUUCAUAAGCAAGUAUUUUUUUUAUUUUGUAUAUCAGCAAUACAAAGAGUAUUUUAUGGCUGCAACUGAUGAGUAUGAUAAAUUAAUCAGGCAAUUAUUUGCUUGCUUAAUCAUUUGGGAAACUGGGAUGGACAUUUUUUUCAAUUUACUAGCCCUUAAUCGGGAUCAAACUCAA